AUGUCUUACUAUGAAAUUGACUCAAUCUUGACAGAUGCUCAAAAAUUGCCAUGCACAUUUGAACUGGAUGUGCCAGGGCUUGGCAUUUUAGAAGGCAACCCAGGAGAGAAUAUUAAAGCGGGAACCCGGAUUGAUCUACCAUUAUGGCUGGGUGAGAUGCUUUCUAUCGGUGCGCGACUAGGGACUUCCCGGCUGGUUACGCUUGAUAUACCGUCUGCGCUGUCAGAGCGAGUAACGAAUGCUUUGAAGGCGGACCCAAGGACCGUCGACCUACGCUCGUUGGCACCGAACUAUUACCGCCUGAGUGAACGAGUCCUAGAGCUUUUCGAAGAGGAGGAGAUGGUUGAUAUUUUGAGCACUACUUUCAAAAAGCGCGCUGCCGAGAUUGCUGACCAUGCACAUAACCCGAAGGGUGCUCUUGGAGAUGGCGUGGAGUUCUUACAGGGCUUGGAUGAGACAGAACGACGGUUAUUCCGUGUCGCUCAUGAUAGUGCUAAAGAGACGCGCAUUUGGGCGGGAGAAGCCAAAAAGAGAUGA